UGUAUAUAAGGUGAAGCUAGUUAGUUCCCUUUUACCUCGGUCUCAUCCAUCGCUCGCUCCAUAGUUUGCCCUACCUAACGAAACGUUUCACAUUCGAGGGAAAAUGAACAAAAACAAGAACAUGGCGAGGGAGCAGCAUGAGGAGGAGAACGCGUUGGUGAUAUGGAACAUCAGCAACUGCCCGAUUCCUGAUGGUCAUGAUCCUCUCCAGGUGGUUCCGAGAAUACAAACGGCGCUGGAGAAGUUAAGACGCGAUCGCCCCUAUGGUCCUCUCUCCAUCACUGCCAUUAGCGACAACCUAACAGAGAUCCCUGGUGAAGACGCCAUGAGGAAGCUUUCUUCCACUGGAAUCUCUCUUAAACAUGCUAACCGGGUUCACACGGAUUUGUAUCAGUGGUCCCGUAGGAAUCCUCCUCCGGCUACUAUAAUGGUCAUAACCGUUCAUGAGGAACUGGAACAUUUAGCUUCUACAUUUUCUGGCCUUGAAGUGAAAGGAUACCGAAUUCUUCCUACUUAUCCUCAGCCAAACCCAGCUCCACCCUCUCUGCCUCCUAAACUCUGUUUCUGGGAAACUUUACUGUCAGAUGCCGAUAAUAAACUGGUGACAACAUCAAGACUUAUUUUUCAUGGAACGGGUGGAUAUCCCUGGUCUUGUUCAGUAUGCUAUUUUGAUGCCCCAAUCUUAGAAGAUUUCACAAACCACCUCAAGAGUGAAACACAUGCUUAUUUUGUGUGGGACAGGGUCGCAAGCAGAAACAAAGUUGAUCGCACCAACCCUGAUAACUUGCAGCUUGGUCGCUCAGAGGAGUGGGACCUACUCGCAAAAGCUGGCAUGAUGCGACGCGCUGAAGUUAUGAAACUCCGCGGCGCUUUCGCUCCUCCUCGUUCGAGGCCAGUUGAUGCCAAAUCUUUUAAGGAACCGUUCAAAUCUGGAGAAUAGGAGAAGAGUUGUGGACUUUGCAAUGAAAUUCUUAGUUUUUUUACAAUAAUGUUGGGUGCCUGUAUUUGAAACUUUACUAUGCAUGGUAAAAUAAAAGAACUUUAUAUCUCAUUUUCGCUUUUCUUGUUGGGAUUAA